GGUCCGCCCGGGUCCCCGCCCGGGUGCCCGCUUGGCCCCGUGCCCGGGGGCGGGCACACACCGCCCCGCUCCGCCCCCGGGCGGUGCCCGCUGCCGGCCCGCCCCGUCGGCGAGCGGCGGGCGCGGGGAGCCGGGCGGCAGCGGGAGCUCCCGGUCGCGCCAUGCUGCCCGCCGCCCUCCGCAGGUGGCUGCACCGGCCCAAGCGGUCCGACCCCCGGCUGCUCUCGCAGUUCUUCUACGCCGACGAGAGGGUGUCGCGGGUGGUGGCGGAGAUCAACGGGCUGGAUGCCGAGCUGGACCCGCAGCAGUACUUGGUGCUCCUGAACCAGCUGCACCUCAGCCAGGCUCAGCUGCUGGCCGUCAUUGAGCGCAUCAUGGAGGAGUGCAUCCCCACACAGAGGCACAGCCGCGACUACCUGGUCAAGUUCCCCGAGGAGCUCUUGGGGGACAACCUGGGCAACCACAUGCUGUUUGCCGCCGAGUGUCUCCUGGCGGGCACCUUCAUGGAGGUGGAGGAGGCGGACAGCGUCCAGCUGCGGCCGCAGGCCCGGAAGCUGCUGGGCAGCCUGGAGCUGGUGCGCGCGGUGCUGCGGGAGCAGAGCCUCAGCCAGCCCGGCAGCUACUCGGAGCCCGUGCGGGCUGUGCUCAUGCAGUUCGACAGGCUCUUUGCAGAGUUCGAGCUGAGCUACGUCUCCUCACUGGUGGCGGUGAAAUCGCCCGAAGAGAUCUACCGGCAGCAGGAGCUCAUCGUGCUCUUCUGUGAGACGGUGGAGAGAGCCCUGCGCCUGGGCUACCUCACCCAGGAGAUGAUCGAUGGCUACGAGCCGCUGCUGAUGUUCACCAUCCCUCGCCUGGCCAUCAUCAGCGGGCUCCUCAUCUACCCCGAGGGGCCCCUCAGCCUGGAGCAGAGCCCUGAGCAGAUGUCCCGGGUCUUCAGCCCCUUCUACAACCUCCUGAAGAAAAUCAGGGACCUGCUGCAGGUGCUCUCGGCGGAGGAGCUGGCCCUGCUGGAGAGGAGCCUGUGCACCGCUGAGCUGGAGGAGCCCCGCGGUCCGGCCACAGCCCCGAGAGUGGACCCCCCCACUGCCUGGGGGCUCCUGGAGGCUCCCCACACCGAUGCGCCAGCCCCCGUCUGCCCGGCAGGCUCGGGCCUCCCCGGCAAGGCUGGCGGCCCAGCCACGGACAGCCGCCAGGCCGCCGGGAGCAGCCCACGGGUGCGGCCUGGCACCCCGCAAGGCCAGUCGGAGCUGCGCUCCCGCUAUGGCAGCACCCGGGACAUGCUGCACACCCUCUUCGUCUGCAUCUCGGGGGUGGCCGAUCAGCUCCAGACCAACUUCGCCAGCGACCUGCGCAGCAUCUUGAAAACGGUCUUCAAGAUUGUCGCCUCGCAGCCCCAGCCGGCCGAGGAGACAGGCGCCAGCCAGGCAGAGGAAAGGGAGGCGCGCGCCGCAGCAGCACCCCAUGUUCCCAACUGCCCUCUCUGCUCCAGCGCCGCUGAGCUCCACAGGGCAGGCGUCCUGCCCGAGUGGGUGCCGGACAGCAGCUGCAGCCAGUGCUCGGCCUGCCGCUCGCCCUUCACCCUGCUGCGCCGGAGGCACCACUGCCGCAGCUGUGGCAAGAUCUUCUGCUCCCGCUGCUCCCCGCACGCCGCCGCCCUCCCACACUACGGGCAGCUGCGGCCGGUGCGCGUCUGCGCUCACUGCUACGCCGCCCACCUCGGGCCCGCGCACCAGUGAGCGACGCCCGGCCCAGCACCGGCCCCGGGACGCCCGCCGCGGGCCGGACCCGCGCGUGCACCCGGAGCCACAGACGGCGGCUGCAUCCGGACGACGCUGCAGACUGGGGCGGAAAAGGCCACUGCGGGGGUGCGACGCCGGCUCCCAGCCAUGCCCUGCGCCCUGCGCCCGGCGCGCUGCCUGCCCUGCCGCCGCCCCCGGCGGGGAAAUGUGCUUCGUUGCGGUUUUCAGGUGAACUUUGGCUGCUGUUUGGACCAGGGCAGAGUCUUCCCCUGGGGCUUGUCCUGGGAGUGCGCAAAUACAGCCCUCACAUGACGGCGGGUGCCCACGGGGCUGCGCGCUGUGGGCGGCUCCCCUCGGCAAGCUGGAUUUUAAUAAACACCUUAAACCUC